AUGAACGACAUCAAGGACGACCUGCCUAUGUCCAUGGUGAUAGCAGCCUUCACUGGCAUAUCGUGGUACAUUGGCAUAGAAAUCAACAUAUCUCUCUUCCUGCUCUUUAAGCGCCGCCGUGGCCUCUACUUUUGGUCCUGCGCCCUUACAUCCUGGGGCGUAAUCCUACAACCACUGUUCAUCAUCCUCGCCGAUUUUGGGGUGUGGAAAAAUGCGGUGCCGGCAAUUGUCCUCAUUUACCUAACGUGGAUGAUUAUGGUGCUCCCGCAGAGCUGGGUGUUGUACUCGCGAUUGCAUCUGCUCAUGCGCACUACAAAGAUACUCAACGGUAUCAAGUAUGUCCUUAUAUUUAACUCGAUUGUGUUUUCUGUGCCAACUGUUGUGAUUGGUACUUUGGCACAAUCCACGACGAUAAACACGAAUCUCACGUCCUUUAACCCCAUCUGGGACCGACUGCAGCUGGUAGUGUACUUUGUGCAGGAGACGGCACUUGGCAUGCUGUACAUAUACCAGACGCGGAAAUACCUGCGUCAGCGAUCUCCAUUGCUUGAGCGGUCGUGGUCCACGGCUACUCCCCAUGGCCAUGGCGACCACGUUUCCAGCGGCACGCAACCGAAGGAGCAGAAAACGGUGUUAUGGCAGUUGCUUGUCGCUAAUAUUCUUAUCAUCGCGCUCGAUAUCACGCUGCUGGGGAUUCAGUGCGCCAACUUGUUCUAUUUGCAAGGGGCGUUUAAGCCAUGCGUCUACGGAAUUAAGCUCAAGAUCGAGUUUGCCAUUUUGAAUCGACUUAUAAGUACUAUCCGUGCCCCGGCGGGUGUAUACGCCGGUUCUGGACAUCAGCAUCACCCUGAGGGAACUAUUGGGGGCACGAGGCAUAAGGGGGCGUGGAAUAAGCCGUCGGGAGUUGAAGGGAUGGAUGCGGUGCAAUUAGUAGAGUCGACUGGACGUGGGUUACGGUCUCAUAGCGCAGAGAGUCAAGUUCCCAUCUAUGGAAGCAUCAAGUAG